GUCAAACAGAUAUAAAUAGUACAGGUUAAUUAGUUAGGUAAGUAAUUUGAGCCGGGCCCUGGCAGCUAGAAUUUGAUCCACAGACAGGUAACUCAAGAAUUACCUUCAGAUCUAUAUAAAUCGCACCUGGACAGACCCGCAGUCACCGCUCAGCCUUACUUCUGUUGACUCACCUGCCGGGAGAACUUCACCGAGGACCAUGUCACUCUCAUCUUUCCUUUCCGCCGAUGCCAUCGACAGUGCGCUCAAGGACUGUCAAGCUCCUGACUCCUUCAACCCCAAAAAGUUCUUCCAGCUGUGUGGUCUGACAAAGAAGAGCCCUCAGGACGUGAAGAAUGUCUUUAAGAUCUUGGACAACGAUGCCAGCGGAUUCAUCGAGGAGGAAGAACUCAAGUUUUUCUUGCAGCGGUUCUCACCUGGAGCUCGUGUGCUGACCGAUAAAGAGACGAAGGGUUUCCUGGCGGCAGCUGACGACGACAGCGAUGGCAAGAUUGGAGCAGAGGAAUUCCAGGCGAUGGUUCUGUCCUGAAUGAUCAGUACACAUCUCUCCCCUCUCUUGUACUCAGAUUUCAUUUCAAUUCAGCAGUCCCCGUCACUCGAUACACAGGUGUUUUUGCUCCCGGGGACCCCCUGGUCAAUAGAGUCCACACAAGGCAGACGCAUACUGUACACACUGCAGUUUUUAUUUGAUUUUUGAAUAAUGUAGAGGGGCGCGCAUGGGCACUGACCAAACAUAAAACUACCUGAACAUGAUGAUUGAAGUGAAUAAAUAAACGGCUCAAAAUAUUUCA